UCUGCAUANNGGUUAUGCACUACUCACGUAUCAUGCCUGCUGUUGAUGGCCAGCGGUACUAUACCUCGACCGCCGUCUUCCUCAACGAAGUCAUCAAGCUCGCCAUCUCGCUCACUAUGGCUCUCUACGAUCUCUCGCAAGACAUGGCUACUUCUUCCUCUGCGACCGCACUUUUCACCGAACUCAUGCGUCGUGAUCUGAGGGAAGCCAAUGCAGGCCUUCAUUUUCCUCGCACAAUUCAAGAGAUGCGAGAUAUGGGAAGCAGUGCUGCCGGGCAGCUGGUGAAGAGAUCUGCUACAUAUGAGGGCAUCGACAAAGAUUUUGCCAUGCAACAUCCUCAGCUCAAUGCUUCAAUCGGUCUGGCCGCCGUCUUGGUCGCUUGCGUACUAUCCGGCCUAGCUGGUGUGUAUUUUGAAAAGGUUCUCAAGGACUCAAACAGCAAGACUUCUCUUUGGGUACGGAACGUGCAACUUUCCUUCUACUCGCUGUUUCCUUCCCUCUUCAUAGGAGUCAUCUUCAACGAUGGUGCGGACAUCGCAAAGCAUGGCUUCUUCUCAGGCUACAAUUGGGUGGUGUGGAGCGCNCGUCUUUUGCAGGCCGUUGGUGGUGUACUCGUGGCUCUGGUUGUGAAUUAUUCCGACAACAUUGCGAAGAAUUUCGCCACGAGUAUGAGCAUCGUCAUCAGCUUCCUAGCAAGUGUGUGNUAUUUGGUCGGCACUGCGACUGUUCUUCUUGCCACGUACCUGUGGACUAGCGACCAUGGACCUCGUCCGCUAAAAAUCGUGGUUGCUGAAUAUGAGAAGACAACUAUUGGCCACGAACAGCCGUAUAGUGACAACAGGGGCACUCCGAACGCAAGAUCAAGCUUUAAGGAAGCUCUGACAACUAGCAGACCAAGCACGCCAGUCAACUUUGAACGUCGUGGAGCCUCCUUGCGAACUGAUUUCACGAGUGCCAUCGUGUCUUCUUCCAUCCUUUCGACCCAACUAUCAAAAACCAACGACUCAUCAACUCGAUACACUUCAAGUGCCAUGUAUGCGGGCGAUCCAUACGGCCUCUGCAUGCCGUACGAGCAAUAUGCAGACGACGAUGUAGAUGAAUACAUCCGAAAUGCAAGCUACGAGAACGGACAAAGCAGCUACGGACCGUCAUGCCCACGCCGAGCAGUUACAUCGACACGCCAGAGCCAGGCCGCUGUUGGUAGGGCUCGACUGUCUUUGCCACCCUCUGCGCCAGUUCCUUUUGAAGCCAAUGACUAUCAAGCGUACGAUUAUGUACCCUCAAUCCCUGAGGAGUACACGAGAGAAUAUGCAGAAGAGCCCUCAGAAGGAACGAGACACCAUCUCAGAUCCGCAGGCCCCUUAGUUCCUCAACCAUCACAUCAGAUCUUCCAGCAACAAGGAAGUAGUUCAUCACCUCCGAACGCCCUGCCGUCCAGUCCAGCCUACCAAGCCAGCCAAAGGCAGCAUCAUCCCGAACCCACGAUCCCGAGUCGAUCAUAUACCAAAGUACAGCAAAAGAGGCCAGACAUACCAACGGGCCCUCCUAUCAUCCAAGGAAUCCAGCUCGUCCCCGUACAUACACUCCCGGAUCGAUUUCAGACCAUCUUCCCAUUCGCCAUGUUCAACGCUGUUCAAUCCGCUUGCUUCGAAAGCAUAUACAAGUCUGACGACAACUGUGUUUUCUCAUCUCCUACAGGCAGCGGCAAGACUGUGCUCUUUGAAAUUGCCAUCUGUCGCAUGCUUCGGGGCUGGCAGUAUGGCACAUUCAAAGUCAUCUACAUGGCUCCAACGAAGUCUUUGUGCUCCGAAAGGACUCAUGAUUGGAAGGCCAAAUUUGAGCCGUUGAAUCUGAAGUGCGAAGAGAUGACUGGCGAUUCGGAUAUCACCUCGCUCCAUCACGUCCAGCGAGCCGACAUUAUUGUGACCACGCCAGAGAAAUGGGACUCGAUGACGAGAAAAUGGAAAGAUCAUGAGAAGUUGGUCCGCCUUAUAAAGUUGCUCCUCAUUGAUGAAGUUCACAUUCUCAACAAGGAUCGUGGUGCGGCACUUGAAGUUGUUGUUUCUAGGAUGAAAUCCAUUGGCUUUGACACAAGGUUCAUCGCUCUCAGCGCUACAGUGCUCAACUCACAAGACAUCGCUACAUGGCUUGGAAGAAAUGGAGAUACUCCCGAAGUCCCAGCUACUCAUAAGAGAUUUGGUGAAGAGUUCCGUCCUGUCGAACUCAAACGCCACGUUUGUGGUUAUCAAUCGAAUGCCAAUGCAUUCGGGUUUGACGCCAUCCUGACCAAAAAGCUACCGGAUGUCAUCACCAAGUACUCUCAANNAAAGCCAAUUAUGGUGUUUUGCUUUACCAGAAAGGCAUGUACAGAGACAGCAAAACUCCUUGCUGAGUGGUGGAAGGUCAGCAUACCUAGAGACAGGUAUUGGCAUGCCUCUUUAGGCCAAAUCACAGUUGAGAAUAAAGAUUUGCAAAGUAUGUAUUUCUCGUCGACUUGUUGCCGCAAGAUACUGACGCCUACAGACACUGUUACUGCUGGAGUUGCUGUCCAUCACGCAGGCCUCAGUCAACAAGAUCGUACUACGAUAGAAAAAGCUUACCUCGCAGGAGAUCUGAGUGUGAUCUGUUGUACUUCAACACUAGCAGUGGGUAUGAAUCUGCCUUGUCACAUGGUCAUCAUCAAAAACACUGUCAGCUACGAGGCUGGAGCCAUCAAAGAAUACUCGGAUNNCUUGGAAGUCAUGCAAAUGAUUGGAAGGGCUGGUCGACCACAGUUCGAUUCGUCGGCUCUGGCUAUAAUCAUGACAAAGAUGCAGCAAUUCAAGCACUAUGAGCAGCUACUAAGUGGCCAAGAACGGUUGGAGAGCUGUUUGCAUCUCAAUCUUGUCGAGCACCUCAAUGCAGAGAUCGGGUUGGGCAUGGUUCCGGAUCUCUGUGCAGCAAGGAAGUGGCUCGCUGGCACAUUUCUCAAAGUACGACUCCAAGACAACCCAGCACACUACCAAAUAAAUGGUGAUACUCCGGAUCGAAACCUCGGAGCCAGACUGGAACAGAUUUGCGAGAACACUAUCUCAGAACUCAGAAGACUCGAGCUGAUCGGGCAUGGCCCAACAUUCAAGUCAACUGAAUUUGGAGAUGCUAUGGCACGCUACUACAUGAAUAUUGCGACCAUGGAGUCGAUCUUGAGUCUCCCAAGAAAGCCAAAGAUAUCGGAGAUUUUCAGAGAACUUCGAUUCCGUUCAGGCGAAAAACCGCUAUACAAGGAAAUGAACGGCAUGAACGACAUUCGCUUUCCCAUCAAAGUUGAUCUCUCCGCUGUGGCACACAAAGUAUCCCUGAUCAUACAAGCCGCACUGGGUGGAAUUGGUCAUAUUGCCGAUCGAGCCAAUCAUCGGGUCCAAUAUAGCAUCGAUCGAUCUCUGAUCUUUCAGCAUGUUCACCGAUUGAUUCGAUGCAUCGUUGAUUGCCAGAACAUUAACAAAGAUGCAGUCGGCAUACGCAACUCUCUCAUCUUAUCACGCAGUCUGGCUGCGCGGGUUUGGGAUGAUUCACCAAUGGUAAUCCGACAAAUCGAGCAGAUUGGCCCAGUAGCCGUGAGGAAGCUGGUAGAUGCAAGAAUCACCACUCUGGAUGAGCUCUCAAAUACGGAUCCGGGCAGACUGGAACUUGUCCUCAACAAAGCUUCGCCAUUCGGCAUGACAAUGCAUCGUCGAAUCCAGACGUUCCCUAAGCUGAGGGUUGGUUUGCAACUCGUUGGACAGCCUUCUCGAGAGCAUGUCGCUGUAAAGCUGAAGAUAGACAUUGGGUUCUUGAACGAAAAGACUCCCGUUCAUUAUCGAAACAAGCCAGUCUUUGUGAUUGUUUUACUUGGCACUUCAGAUGGACAGAGGAUCAAGUUUUUCCGCCUCAGGUACGCAGAAUGUUCGCUCGUCCGUGGCAAUAAAACUUACCAGUUCAACAGUGCCGCCAAGCUACAAAACAUCAACCCAAUAACCGAAACCGCGUACUUGACGAGCCCUACCCAGUUGCUUGAGUGUUAUGGAAUGAUUGAUGACCUGGCUGGAACUAUGCAGGAAGCUGUGCUCAAGCCCGACAUACCACUUUCAGCAUUUCAACUCAUCAAGGAUACCACAGCAGACGUUGGCAGAGACAAACAAGCUACUCGGUCAACAAGUGCUACCACAAGAACCUCGACCACACUGCAAGCAAGUGUUGAUACCGACGAGUGGGAUGAUGGAGGUUUGAAUGAUGAUGAUUUUAUUGGUGCUGAAUCUAAGGAGGACGACUAUGUGGACGUCGACGCACUCGACCUGCCGAUAUUCAGUCUACCAAAGGCCGAAAAGCUAAAGAACAAGACUGCCAUUGCCAACACUCUCGAGGCUCCGGACGAGCAGAGGUUGGAGAACGGAAGAUUUGCUUGUAACCAUUCUUGCAAAGACAGGAAUGCCUGCAAGCAUAAGUGUUGCAAGGAAGGAAUGGAGAAGAAACCGAAACCAAGGAAGUCCAAGGACAGCAGACCAACUGCCACUGCGAGCAAGAACAAGACAUCUUCCUCGUCAUCGACCAAGGUACAAUCAAAGCUGGAGCUUCCAAUCAGAAGAAAAGCAAUCGGUGGACCUGUUGAGCACCUCGACUUAUCCCAGGCUUCUGAUCCGCCAAAGGUCAGGGUGCCCGCAGCAGCUGCACGUCUUGCCAGUCUUCACAAUAGUACAACCAGAUCCAGCGAAAUUCCGAUCCUGGGAGCGAGUUCUGUUACGCCCAAAUCAUCAGCUUCUAUUGGAAAUAUCACCAGACCACAAUUCUAUCAAAGUCUGAAUCCUCUGGGGAACAUCGCGGAAGAGUUCUGUGAUGAUGGCCCCUUGGUGGAUUCUAUUCUUGAAAUCUGCGAUCAUGACAACGACAAGAUGCUGUCAGAUGAUGAAGAUUACCUGGACAAGGAUGAGGACAUGCUGGACGCGGCUUUGGUCGGCCUGGAAGAUUCACGGAGCCUUCGGGGUUCGGACGAGAUCGUCGAACCUACACAAGGUGCUCAGAGUCUUGAUAUGCCGAACUAUGAACCGGACUAUCAAGAGGUCAAUGAAGAGCCAGAGCUCUUCGUGACGCCGCAUGCUCAACGCGUUGAUGGCUUCUCAGAUGGGUUUGAAGAUGUAGUAGCAAUAUUCGAUCAGAGUCUUGAUGACGAUCACUCGACAACGCCAGGCAUGGUCAAACGCAAACGCGACGAGAAUGUGCCGUCGGCCUACUUCUCUGCAAAGAAAGCCAGAACGGACGAUGAAGCAACACUGGAAACAUACGAGGAGGAGAUACAAGACGACCAGAGACACGAAGAAAGCGAAGAAAGUAAAGAAAAGAGGGAGAAGGAGGAGCUGCGAGCUUGGUUGGUUGCAGAGCUUGGGGACAGUGUCGAGAUGGUUGAU